AUUCCACAAAUUUAAAAAAUUAUUAAAUCGAAACGUGGUGCUGGCGAGGAAAACCAUGUGAUUUUGCAAAACAAAACCGAUUCGAACUGGACCACAAACUCCAUUAAAGACGAAAUAGCACCCAUAAAAAUCCCCAAGAGGCGUUAAAUAUCAGCAAUCGAGCAGUGAAGACUCAGAGAAGACAGAUAAAUAGAGAGAGAAAUGGGUGUGGUGAUAAUCGACGGCUCGACGGUGCGGGACUUCGUCAACAACGAGGAGCUCUUCAAGCGGAGCGUCGACGAAGGCUUCGCGGCCCUGGACCUGAAUAAGGACGGCGUUCUCUCGCGCUCCGAGCUCCGCAAGGCCUUCGAGUCCAUGCGCCUUAUUGAGACCCACUUCGGCAUCGACGUUGCGACGCCGCCGGAGGAGCUGACCCAGCUAUACAACUCCAUCUUCGACGGGUUCGACUGCGACAGAAGCAACACCGUUGACCUUGAGGAGUACAGGUCCGAGAUGAAGAAAAUCCUGCUUGCCAUUGCUGACGGGCUCGGAUCUUCUCCGAUCCAGAUGGUUCUGGAGGAUGGCGAUUCGAAUUUCCUGAAGCAGGCCGCGGAUCUCGAGGCUUCCAAGUUUGCCCAGUCUUAGAUCGACGUCCCAAAUUUCCCAAAACUCAAAGUAUCUUCUUCAUGGGGUUUGUGAUUUGUAUUGCCUCUAGGGUCUAAUUAUUAUGUACAAUAAUGAGUUUGUGAGCUUCUUUUUGCUUUUGUUCUGUAACACGAGGUUGGAAAUGGAAUGCCCAUGAAGUGUUUGUGUUUAA